UUACAUUUCGAUUAAAUUUAUAUUUAUUUAGAAUUUCUGAAAAUUGCACCUUGCUUAUCUGAUGCAGUGAAGAACACUCAUCGGGUGUGUAUGAAAGAUUUGCCAAAUAUUAUAAAUCAAUUUAUGGGAGAUGAUGUGGAAUCUCGAAUUCCUGCUGGUUGUUGUUACUUCAUGCAGUUCUAUGAUUGUUUUUACGAGCAAGUGGAUAAAUCCUGCGGAAGGGAUGCUUUCCCUACAGUACGGAAGGCUUCGGAUAUGAUGGGAAUGGUCAUGACACACAAUUUCUGUUCCUCUUAUGAUCCAACGAGCGAUGAAUGUACAGAACUCUUGAGCAGAAAUGUCACAUCUCCAUCACCAAAAUAUUCUUAUCUGGCCAGAUUUACCAUCGCCAUGUUGAAGCAUCGCAAUUAAAUAAUGUUAAUUUUUACUCUUGUAUUUUUGGGGGUUUUUGUAGAUUACAUUUAAAGAUUAAUUUUGUUUAGAAAUUUCUGGUUUGUAUUUGAAAUAUUCCAAUAAAUAUUGAGAUUAUGAA